CUUCAGCCGGGGUAAUACAAUCAGUCGUUUAUGCGCGCGCGAAGGGGGCGCCUGAACGUAGCGUCGCGGCCCGUACUAUUCACAUACAAAAUAGAACAAAAUAACCCAAAAAUCUCACUGCCAAUCACUAAAAUAUGCAUAGACCCAGUGUUCUUGUGCCGCCCGAAGUGUUAUCUGUUACAAAAAUGUGAACGAACCUGUUGUAUAGAGUGGCUAUUAGACAGGACAGUUUUAUAUAAUUGUAUUGUAAACCGUUGCUCUAAAAAAAGUAAGUCCGGUAUAGUUGCACCAAUAGUUACCAAAUAUUUAUCAAACAGAAACAGAUUUACAACAACACAAAUAAUUUACAAUCUAUAAACUAGACACUAAAAGUGAAACAAUAACAAAACUAUGUACGAUACAAAAGUGAAGUGCAACUGAAGUGCAAAGUGCGAAGUGAAGUGAAGUGUCAAUGUUGAUCACGCGAUGGCGCGGCACCGGCCGACCGCGCGCCACUUCCACAACCAGCCGGAGCUGCAGAGGGGUGGCAGUUCGGGGCUGAUGCUGAGGUGGAUCUUCCUCGUGUGGCUGGCUACCUGCGGCCCGCUGGGGAACACUGUCAAACAGGAUGGCUGCGCGUUCCCCGCGCGCUGGCAAGGCCGCUGGUUCCAGUCCGGCGUCAUCCAGCCCAUCAUGAUCGACGGCGCACUGCUCUCCAACAAGGGCCGCUGCCUCUCCUCCGAAGGCGACAAGUUCCUUAUCGUUGACGAAAAAGGCUGUUACCGCUGCGUAGUAAUGCAUGAAAAACAUUUGAAUGUACUGCAGUAUAAAGAAACGUUCUGCCACCGCCGCGAUGCCCUCCCUCACCUGUGCUCAAUGAUCACCGGAGACGCCCUACUCUACUCCAUGUUCAGGGAAAACGCCGAGCCCGUCGCCUGCCCACUCAAAGGGCCAUUUUCUUUUACAUAUAACAGGGGACAUGGCGACUGCAAGAUACCGGCGUCGUCCAUAGAAAGUUGUACCGAAGACUCUCGAUUACUGCUCAACUACCAAGCGUGUCCGGACGUUUACGGCUCAGAGAGCACAGUGGAGGAGCUGGAAUGCCUGGCCACGUGGAAGGAGGGCAGCCUGCGGUUCCUGGUGGGGAAGCUGCACCACAACCACGCCACCAGCAACGAGGACCGCUACCGGUGCUUCGUCUACGAGAAGACCAAUGGUAUUGCGUCAGGGAGCAGUAUGAAGGAAGGUCCGACGCCAGCAGGCGGGGUCGAGUACCGAGUGGCGCAGUCUGGUGACGCCACUUGCAACGGCCUCUUCAGUGCUACGGAAGGCUCAAGGACUAUGGCCUUGAAGAGAGUGUCAGUCCGCUUCAACUGCCAGUUCCCCACGUGGAUGACGUUCUCGCACACGUGGCACACGCUGGACUACAGCAGCAACUACACGUUCUACCAGCGCAACGCCACGCUGCGCAUCAGCAACAGCUCGGGCGCCGACGUCAAGGUGCACUGCGUCUACGUCAAAGCCAGCUCGCCCAGCGGCAACUCCGUCGCGCUGGUGGCGCACUGGCAGCACCACUGCGCGUCGCGCUACGUGUGCGUGGUGCUGUACCGGCGCGACACGCACAUCGCCGAGCUGCAGCGCGGCACGCCCACGGCCCGCCCGGACGACGCCUGCUCCACGCACCACUUCAACGCUGUCACAGCGCCUUACGUUACUUUAGUUGCUAGUAAUCCCGAGUCAAAGGAAUGCCCAUACUCGGGGAAGUACAUAAUCUCGAACCACCGUCACAAACGAAGUUUUCGUAUGAACGAACGAGAGAAAGCAAUGUUUGAACAUAAUCAUAGGGUUAACCACACUAGGCUGUUCAAUUUUAGCGUAAGGAAUAUGUCGAGUACUCCCAUACUGAGGAGUAGGAGGCAGUCGGAGGAGCCCACGUGCUCUGGUGGAGUGUACAGCAGGCUGGCGGUCGGGUGCAAUUCUAAUAAGAACAUGGAGUUCUAUUCCACUUGUGAUAAUAAGGAAGUAGUUACAGUAUACAUAUGCCACGGCGGCUGGUACGAGAACGGCGCGUCGUUCGUGGUGACGACGCCGGUGACGCGCGACAGCACGGCGGCGCGGCGCUACUGCUUCGUGUCGCGCGAGCCGCGGGACGGGGCGCUCGCCGUCGCGCGCUCGGCGGCCAACUGCGAGCGCGCCGUGGCCGAGCCGGAGACUGUGCUGUUUGACGCCGCCUUCACAGGCAAAUGUCAAGACAAGCCCAGCGGCCAGGCGUCUCGGUCCCCAUCUGCUUACACUGUCAUCAUGACUGCAGUCAUCCUACACUUCAUCAAACCGAGGUGAUUCACAUAGACACACGAUAUAGGAAUUUUCAAAACCGUUGUAAUUAUAUAAAAUGCUUAGGUAAUAAAUGUUCAUUUCACACAUUAUUACAUUGAUUUUAAUGUAUUUUUGAAAUUGCUCAUCGUAUUUAUAAAACUUAAUUUCUAUAUGUUUUAUUUGUUGUGUGUACAGGUAAAUUGUAAUAAAAACUGUUAAAUAUAUGAAAGUUUUGAUGUCGUUUAGUUGAAAUAUUAUCAUUAAUUGCGUAAUUUAGUCGUUUAUUUAAGAAUGUGUUUUUCAUCUCACUAGCACGGAACGGAUUUAUUUAUGCUUUAAAAACAGCGAGCAAAAGUCUAUUUUAUCAAUUAGCGUGGAAAGCGAUUUGAAUUUCAUACAUGAUGAGAAAAUUUUAAUUGCUUUUCCUUUAUGUGCUGUAGUGAGAUGGAAAAUUAUGUGCUGUGCGCUGCUGCAUUAUUCUUAGUAUCCUGUGUCGUUGAAUCUAGGAUUCUUGGAUUAUUUUAUGAAUAAUUAUGGUCCAUAAAAUCCUUCUUUUACUCGAAAACAAUUAGUUACUUGCGGAAUACAAGAAUUUUGCAGCCGAACACAAAAACUAUAGUGAAUAAAAUAAAACAGGUUCCAUUUAUUUUCUCAGGCACUUCUAAACACUUGUGACCUUAUAUUUAAACACUUAAUUCUAUUUAAUUCCAGAUUUCGUAUGUGAAUAUACAAACCUCCUCCAUAAUAUAUGCACUCAGAUUAAUUUGUAAGUGAUUUGAAUAUUCAUAUUCAAUAUUAUAUACUUCAAUAUAUGUAUGCAAGCGAGUCGUAUUAUUUUGAAUGACAUUAGAGAUGGUGCAAAUGGUUGUGAAAUAAAUGUUUAUUAAUAACUACUUGUGAAAGAAUCGUCUGUAAUACCUCGGUUUUAGAGUGCGUAAUAUAAAUGGUAACAUCGGUAAAUGGAACUUUAAUAUUGUAAUAUUGUGUGUCAGAGUUAGAUAUAUAUUUUUUUGAUAUUGAAUUAAACGCAAGAAUAUAAUAGUUCAAAAUUAGCGACCUAAUGAUAAAUGUACUUCAAUUGAACGUUACAACUAGAUCAAUAUCGACCUAGUUACUUCACUAUGGUGUGGACAAAAUCUCGCUGCAGGAUUUGCAAUAAAUCAUGUGAGCAAAACGGAGAAUAUAGCGCGCUCCCUCACACUUGUGUAUCUGACAGGAGUAUGUAGUGAUGUACAAGCACACAUGUCGACAGUUGUCGACAAACGCACAGAAAAUUUUCUCAAAACGCUUUAUAAUAUUCGUUAUAGUGAUGUGGUCCUAUUAAAGCGUGCAUAUGCAUACGAUACUCGUAUGCAUAUGCAAGUGCAAGUUAUCAUAUGUAAAACAUGAUUUAUGAGCUACCUGCAACGGUGGUCUAUUCGGGGCCUGUAGCCAUUUGGCACGUCAAUACUCUUUCUACAAUCGCCAACGCUUCGAUAAUUAAAAAGUGUAUGGGAAUGACAUAUUUUGCUAUCGACAGGUCACGUGAUCAAUUUUUUGAUCAAAUUUAUCAUUCCCAUGCAUUUUUUGUUUUCGAAGCGUUAACUUUUGUAGACUAGCAAUGACUGCAAUUUACUAUCCCAUGUUGAUAACUCAGUGAUUAUCGUUUAGGCACACGGCGUCGAAAUUCUAUUGGCGUAUGACGAAAAUUCUAGGGUACCUACGCGAGAUUACCAGCUAAAAGCGCCUGUUGUUACUAUCUAUGGAUUAGAUGUAUCAUGAAUAAUUUUCUAUUAUUUUAAAGCACUUGUAUUUAACUUGUAGCUUGUACACAGAAAAUGAUUUUAAUAUAGUAAUUCAUAAAAUUAAAAUAACACAUAUUAUAACUCAUAAACUGAACUAUCUUAAUAUAAAACUAUCUGGCUUAUCUUACAAUGCAAGGCAACCUAUUUUUCACUAUUUUACAGAAAUUCUUAAGUGGGUAUUUCCCCAAAAAAAGUUAUCUACCUACAAAUAAUAUUUCUAAUAUAACAGAAGCAGUCGAAUACAUUGAAUAUACCAAAAAGAGGAUAUUGUUAUAAAAGAAGAGGGUGAGGAGUCAAUAAACCUGUAUGUCUGUUUACACUGCUCUCCGAAAUUAUUAAACGGAAUUUUAAUUUUUUUAAAAGAACAAUACAUAAGAAACUUUCUCGCUUCAAUAUAGAAGAAUUUGGAAGCGUCCGCUAACAAUAUAAUUAAAUAUGUAAUUUGUUAAAAAAGGAAUACUUACAUUUAAAACAUACUCGAUGAUAUAUUAACAGACAUCAAAAAAAAGAAACUUUGCUUUUUGAUUUAAUUUUUCUAUAUGUAUGUAACGUGAUGUCUUUACUUAUUGUGAAGCGAUUUUUUAUACUCUAUAUAACUCUCAGAUCCCACUUCUGAUAAUAGUGUUCAUAGGAAAACUCCAUAAAUGCAUUGUGAUAUAACAAAGUCGACUUAAAGUUUUCCUGUAAAGAAUCAGUUUAUUUUAGAAUCUAUAUUAUUCAUAACUUCACAAUCUUUAUAUUCUGUUGACUUAAAAACUUUUUGUAUGUAUAUCUUAAUUAUUUCUACCGGUGACCUCAUCAAAAUUAUACAUUUAAACAACUUACUUUUAAACAAAAUAACUAUUUAUUUAAUAAUUAUAACUCAAAGAUACAUGAAAUUAAGCCUCACCAAAGUGUACAAGCACACAGUAAAACCACGGUUGGUUUUACUGUGUGCUGUGAAUUCAUUACAUUAUCAAUGUCACAGUCAAAGCCCAAGUCAAAAGUCAAAGUCCAAAUUCAUUUACUUCAAUUAGGCUUAGUAAUGAUCGACGUAAUGGCAAUAAAUGAAUUAUGAAUUGUCGCUACAUAGAUACCUCCUAUACAAGGACAGUGUAUGAAAGUGUUGAGGAGCCAGGAAAAAAAUAAAAUAACAUUGAAGUGUUUUAAACAGGUAGGUUUAAUACUAACUCACUUAACGAUUAUUUUAUUAUUUAUGUAAAAGCCUGUAACAGUACACCAUGUAAUAGUAAACUAUUUAUAAUUUUUCAGUAUUAUAAAAUUUUAUAAAGCAUAAUUUUUGUACAAUACAUAGUAGUCUCAAAUAUCACCCACUUAACAAUAUUUAUGUAAAUGUAUAUUAAAAAUGCAUUGAAAUUAUAACAAACAAAAUAAAUAAAUUAGCUUUAAUCACAGCAUCGAAGACUGUAUAUUUCUCAGAUAGUUAAGAUAAUUUAAGCUUCUUUCACAAUAUACCAGAGGCGAAACAUGAGUGAUUCCUAGGCAGCGUGGUGCAGUCAUUUGAGUUUAAAAUUUUCAGAUGUAAAAGUAUAAUCCUUGGGCAUAUAAAUAUAAUACAAUAUUUCGAACUUUGUAUAGGUAUAUCAAAUACAUACAUAAUACAUAAUACAUAAUACAUAAUACAUAAAUAUUCAUGGCGAGCCGAAAAAAAGUAUAAACGUAGCGAACGAUGGUGGUGGUACUUUCUCCUUCCAAGCCAUCAAAGUACAUACUUCAAUGUGUCCCAUAACAAAUAUAUCUGAAAAUUAAUUGUCAAGGUUACCACUUGAUUUUAAAUACAUUUCUUUAUUUACACUGCAAAAUUCGGUUCUAAAGUUGUAAUUUUUUCUGUAAAUUUUCAAGAAAUAGGUAAUUUAGAAUACUGAAACACAAUUAGAAAAAAUUUAUAGGAAUGUAUUAUGGCUGAGUAUUAGUAAAACUUGAAUAACAUACACGGAAAACAAAACAUUUUCUAUCAUCAGGUAUAUUUGCGAUUUGCCACGUGGACGGAUCAUAAAUAGAUCACUAAUUAACGUGCUGUUGACAGUCAAAAGAUGUUCGAAGAAUUGCCCGAUGGGAAUCGGCUUGUUAAUAACCUUCGCCACUGCUACCUGUUUAAAAAACAGCAUUUUUGCUUGAAUAUAACCGUUAAUAGGAACAAAAAUUGAGCACCAUAAACAUCAAAACGGUCAUUUCAUUGUGCCUCAGUUAUACUAAUAAUAUAGGAAUAUUGUGAAAGAAAUCAUUUAGUUUCACGCUUUUAAUUCUAAUCUUACACAUUGUAUUUAAACAAAAUAUUAUUGUUUUAUGUGAAAAAUAUUCAUGUUAACAAUGUUUGAUAGAAAAGAUAUGAACACGAAGCUUAGUGAAGAUGUACAAAGAUAUUGUAACGUUACUGUAGCUAGAAUAAUUUAGCGCUAUAUUUUCCAUGAACAGUCUUUGUUCUAACGCCGGUUUACAUAAAGCUUCAAACAUUUGUACCUGCAUGAAGGUAAGAGUAUGUCAGUCAAGGAUCUUUAUUCGAAUAAAUGCACUUUACCAAGCGGUGUCGGUUUUUUAGCAUAUAUCAAAUAGGUAACUUCUGUGUGUGUGUUUAAAACAAGUAUAAAAAGUCUGUUAUUAAUGUUCAAAUGUUUGUAGCUUUAUGUAGCACCGGUAUAAUAUUUAGAUAUUCGAAAUAUUCAUUGGUUAAGUUUGGAAUUUAUAUAGGCUUUGCGUCAUGCAUGAUAUUAUAAUGACAUGAAAUACUAACAAUAUCUACCAUACCAAUUAUAGGUAUAUUUUAUUUUGAUUGUUUACAAUUUCCCUAAAAAAUAUAUCAUUAACAUGCACGCAAAGCCUAUGAUUUUCUAUCUAAUUUUUCUUAAUUUUUUAUUGGAACAAUUUUUUCAUAUAUCCACUAAUCCCCAAACGUUACAAUUUCACUAUCAUUCGUUUGGUCAGAGAUGGCAAACUUUUUACAUGUUAGACUUAUUUGGGCUCAUAAAUUAAUUAAGGAAAAAUGUCGAAAAAUAGAUUUCAUUUGGUAUUACGUAAUACUCGUACAAUUUAUCUCAAUGGGCAAUGGUAAGGAUAUGAAAAUGAUUCUUUCUAUCGCGGCACCGUUGCGGGUUAUUAUAAAACGAAAAUUUUAUAUUAAAAUUAAGGUUUGCGAUCCCUGACACUGUUUAAAUACUAUUUUGAAAUUGUACCACCUGCUUUUACCACGUAAACUAAAUUAUUAUUUUAUAACUUAUAAUAAAAAAUAUUUCUACUAGGUACUUUUAUCCCUAACUAAAAUAUUUUUGAAGUUAGCUGUACGGUCUAUGCAAGCUAUUACAAUCAAUUGCAGUUAUUAAAUGUUUGUGUUGAUAAAUAUAGGUCUUGGGUUUGUAGAACACAUUUAACUAAAGUAGAGACUCGUUUAACAGAACUAACAGUUGUUAGAUUUUCAGAUAGUUUUUAGACUAUCUUAAUAUUUAACCGACUAAUUGAAUGUAUGAAGAACAGCGGUAUCUUUUUUUUGGCUCAAAAAACUGCGUUAGUAAACUUUUAGAAACUUUGUUGUAGUUUUUUCUUGGAUUUAUAACGAAUUAUCUGUCCUAUGGUUCGGAAAAUUGAGACGAAAAUUAUGUUCAGCAAUUCUGUCACUAAAAACAAGGACCUAAUCCAUAAUUACAUUUGGAACGUUAAUUCUGCAAAUGAUUGUAAUACGGCACUAAAGCUCCGAAUACACUGAAUUGUUUACGGUUACGUCGUUGAUUGCGUCCUGCUCGUAUCUGACAAGACAGCAUUUCCAAGCGACACCGUUUAAUGCGUCAGUGUAUAAGGGGCUUAACUUUAAAGCUUCUUUUUUAUUCUUGUGAAAGAUAUCUAUGCCUAUGUAACUGUUCAAGUUAGCUGGCGUCACAACCAUGUUAGUCCGUCAUUCCUGAGAUCCCAAUAAAACCCACAAAGGUUAUCAUUACAUUUAUUUUGUAGUCCAGACAUAUUAAAGGUUUUAGCCAAAAAAGCCAAAUAUGUAUUUUGGCUUUAUUACAUAUUAAAGGUUUUAGCCAAAAAAGCCAAAUAUGUAUUUUGGCUUUUUAACUGGCUUAAAGCUUUAUAUUCCCAUUCUCAUCAGACUGUUGUCUUACCAAGUCCUAGACUAUUGAACAUUUAAAAUAUGGCUGCUGAUAUUUUUUUGACAAAAAAUAAAUAAAAAAUCUAUAAGGUUUUGUCAAAGGUUGUCAACUCCUUACAAAAUAUCGUAACAUACUCGUCACGUUAGUUGGCUUGAAAAGUUACUAAAUAGGCCAGGUUAACAUUUUAAUGGGUCACUAUUUUAUAUUUAAAUCUAGAAUGAGAAGGAAGCUUUUCAUACUCACAAUUGUUACAAGCGCGCCAUCUGAUGGUCGCUUUGAUAGUUAGUACGUAUUUGUUACAACUUUCUAAGGGAAGCAAUGUUUUCCUUCAUCAAGCAAUACUAAGAUAGUUAUAGUAUAUACAUUUAGAUAAGAGAAAAAACGAAUACUCACUAUGAGAUAAAUGUAUAGUUAACUAGAUAGUUAAGGUUUAGAUAUAACAUCGCGACAGCAAUAAUAUAUUUGUAUUUAUAGCUAUUGAGCGUUAAAUUUUUAAUAGUUAAUAGGUAGUUGUGAAUAAUUGAGCUAGUGUUGUUAUUUUUUAUCGUGACAGAGUUAUUUCUAUGGAAAUAAGAGGAGAAUCAUCUUUAGGGUUAUUUGUUACACAUCGCUAUAAAUAAGUAUACAUAUAAUUUUAUAAAAUAACCAAGCUUAGUAAUAAGGUCGCCUAUUAUACCUACUUAAUUUAUUCCUUUUUAUUCAUUUUAUAAUUUUCGGUGUUCAUUAAAGAGUACUUUCAUUUUUCAUUUCAUUUCAAUACCGAAUAUUGUAGAAUAAUUGCUCUUCCACCAAUACCAUUAAUGAUUUUUUCUCUUAGACAUCAUCGCUGAUUCGAUCUGAAGGUUGUCUAUUAGGUUAUAGGCACACUAUGCUUAACGCCUAUGCCUCAAAACGGGCACAGUACUUUGUAUACCUAUUCCAAGUACGUAGUAGAUAUUAAGUAUGGAAAAGGAAAGUAAUGUUUAUAUAGGGGUCAUCCACUCGUUCCGUCUUUUAGUCACAGAAUAAAGAUCAUAUAGAAUGAGUCUUUACAAGCAGUGUAGCCAGUGAAACCCAUAAAAAAGUCACGCGUCUCUUUGACAUCCAUCCGCUUAAAGGUACAAUCUUUUUUCAUAAGUUGUAUUUCAAAAUUUAACACUAACAACAAUUACCUAGGUACGUAAAUUAAUAUAAAAAUAUUAAUCAAUAAUUACCAAUAAAAAAUACUCCAUCUUAUUUCUUUAGUUUUUGUGAACAGUUUUUAAAAUAUUUAAAAACGUAGGACGCCAUUUUUCUUGACUAAUAUUGAAAGUUACUGAUGCGACGCUUCGUGUCGUACUGACUCGAGAAUGUAUUCGUUUUUGAAUUUUGUAUUGAUAUAAUAAAAUAUUUUGUGACUAUUCUUCUUGACAUUCAUUUUAUACAUCUUUAUUAAAAUCUUGAUCCAUAAUAUCCCAUUAAUCCGUGAUCUUGAUAGAGAUUUUACAGAUCCGCCAUCUUUGAGAACCUGCCAUGAUUAAUUUAAAAUAACGUCACUGGGCUAACCAUUCGUCUUUUCCAAGUCAAGUUAAAUCUUAAAGAUGAUUCUCUGAACACAAUGUCAUCGUGGUUUACAUCGUGUGAUAUAGAUACAUUUAAUUAAGUAUAUUAUAUAGUCGUCAGCAUGGAUUAUAAUAAACUGCAAAAUUGUAA